GCGACGGGCGAGGAGGAGCCCCAAUGAGCGCUGCUGGGGAGGCGGGCGGAGCGGGAGCCACUCAGGAGACGAGGAGGCAAAAGAGUGACGAGAGGGAGCCCCGCCUCCCUAGCGAGCGCAGCCAAUCAGGCAGAAGGGGGCGGGUCCCUCGAGGCCUCCGCUUUGUGGUGGGAGCCUGGACUAUGCUGUUGGUCAACCCCUCAUCGUGAAAGAGCUGUCCCAGCAUGGAGUUCCCAAACCACAGCAAGAACUUGCUGCAGAGCCUCUGGGAGCAGCAACACGAGGGCUUCCUUUGUGACUGCACGGUCCUCGUGGGCAGCACCCAGUUCCUGGCCCACCGGGCAGUGCUGGCCUCCUGCAGUGCCUUUUUCCACAUGUUCUAUAAGGAGCGGCUGGACAAGAGAGACUUGGUCUCCAUUAACAAUGAGAUCGUCACGGCGCCCGCCUUUGGGCUGCUGCUGGAAUUCAUGUACAAAGGCAGCCUCUCCUUCAACGACAUGCCGGUGGAAGACAUCCUGGCGGCCGCCAGCUACUUGCACAUGAACGACAUUGUCAAGGUGUGCAAGAAGAAGCUGCAGGCCCGCGCCUUGGCGGAAGCCGACAGCACCAAGAAGGAAGAGGAUCCCCUGGGCAGCUCAGAGCUUCUGCCCAGCACCUCCAAGUGCCAACUUCAAACGUCCGGAGCCCAGCCGCUGCCGCCCCCUCAGCCAAGCGAAGCAGGGAAGAGCAAGAAACAGGAGUGGAAAGGUGGAGAGAAAAUGGUUUCCGAGGAGCCAUUGGCCUCCACUUUGGACAUGGCGGACACCACACAGCCAGGGAUGGAAGCUCCUCCUCCUCCUGUGAGGCCUUUUCCACCCCCUGUCAUUGACAUCUCCCUCUCCAGCCCUAGCAGCUCCACCGAAACCAUAUCACACAGCUGCUCGCCACCAAGGAACGCAGCUGAGGGUCAUGCCGGCCCUUCGGAGAGGUAUGGGGAACAACAGACAGGUGGUCUCGGUGUGUUUUGCCAGAAGGAGCCAAGCAGGUCCUCCGUCAAGGUCAAGGUGGAAGCCAUCGUGAUCUCCGAUGAGGAGCCGGACAUGAUGGAUCAACUGGAGGGGCAGAGCGCAGAUUUGAGGCUGGAGACAAUAUUCCAGAGGUCCGCUGUAGAGGCAGGGCCUGCCGGAGGCUGUGGGCGCCACCCCGACAGCUUUGAAGAGCCAGGUGGGAUGGAAGAGGUCUCUUCUGAGAGCGGCUUCCUGCCUCAAGAGCACGUCCCGUACCACAUGAUCCCUGUGCCUGCCGGACAAAGCUUCUCCAACAUGGUGACUCCGCCCUUGCACGAACAGAUGUACUUGCAGGACUACGAGUCCCACUCCAACUUUGGCAUCUUCACGGAAGACGUCCCCACCUGCAAGACUUGCGGGAAGACCUUCUCGUGCUCCUACACCCUGCGGCGCCACGCCACCGUCCACACGCGGGAACGCCCCUACGAGUGCCGCUACUGCAUGCGGAGUUACACGCAGUCCGGAGACCUUUACCGGCACAUCCGCAAGGCCCACAACGAGGACCUGGCAGCCAAGCGUUGCAAACAGGAUGUUGAGAACCCUUCGUAGGGGGCCUAUACCCCCGCCCAGUUUGGGCCAUGGGGCAGGUGGUUCACGACCGAGCAGACGGACGGUUCCCAACAUGCAAGGACAAAAAAACCCCGUCCCUUUUGUAAAACAUUGUGCAGAAGCCAGGAGGCAGAGAAGAGCCCUAACUGCCCGAGCCAAUGAUGUGGGGCUCAUCCUAUCAGGUUCAACCUUCCCUCCUGGCUUCCAAAUCAUUUCCCCACCUUGCCCUUGAGAAUUUCUUGUUUGUUUUUCCACGAGGUGAAUUGUUGGGAAGUUGGGUUUGCACCCGGGUCACCCUUGUGCAUCGUUUGGAAGAAGCCGCACCAAACGUAAAAUGAACUGGGGAAGGGGUUCGUCCUCCCACUCCAGUAUUUAUUUAUGUACAAACUCGUGGCGGCAGGUUUAAUAUGAAGUUGGAGCGGUAUUUAAGCUUGAGCUCUAGGUAUAGCUGCCUAGAGGACAUUCUGUUUUGUGGGAGGAAAGGUCUGAAAGGUUCCUGACAGUUGUUGCAAAUCAGAAUUUCACUUGAGAGGACAGCAGGGGGGAUGGGAACAGGCUUCUAGCCCUCCUGGAUGCACAGAAAAAGAUUGCAUAGGGGGAGAAGCGCCCGGGAGGAAGACUAUGUUGAAAGGCAUGGUUCUGACUCUAUCCCAUCAUGCAGUGCAGGUGGGACUCAUUGGGAGAAGUGGGCAGAGUAUUCCUUUUCAAAACAGCCCCCCUGCCCCCCUCUUUGUGACACGUUGGAUGUCAUGACAGUCUAAAACAGUGGAGGCUGAUGCGAGGGAAAGUAGGGCACAGUCCCGCCAACCUCAUGCCUGACUUUAGCGCGCCCCCAUGGCUCUGCCUUCUGCUUACCAUCAGACCAGGGGUUGCUCUGUCUGUCAUUGGCUCUGGCGCCACCUGCUGUUGGUUUCCCUGCCUUCCAUCCUACAAGGCAGCCCUGUAUCCGGAAGUUUUCCAUGUUUGACUUUUUUUGUGUGUGUUUAUUAUGCUGGAAGCUGCCCAGAGUGGCUGGGGCAACCCCGUCAGGUGGGUGGGGUAGAAGGAAUAAAUUAUAUUAUAGUCCCAGAUAGGCACUAGCCCUGUCUAAAGCAGGCAGUGCACAGACCCCCACCAAGCUGCAUCCCUGUUUUGACAUGCUCCCAUUUUGCAGACAAAGAUCAACGGCUGAGAGAUGGGGCCUGCCAGGGUCAUGCACAGCGCAGGUGAGAUUUUAACUUUUCCCACUUCCGAGCCACUUCCGACGCUCUUUCCCGUUUUCAAGCCUGCUCACUUCAGAGCAGCCACUGCCAGCCUCAACCUUCCUCCCAGAACUUGCCAACCCUCCCACUGUGAAAUGUGUUUCUCCAACCUGUUUGUUCUUAUAAGCAGCUACAAAGCAGCCUCACUGCCAAGGAUACCCAUUUAACAGUAAAAAAAACCAGGCAUCAA